CUUCUAAAUGCUCAUAAAUGAGAAAGGCCUCGACAUUAUCUUUGUUAUUUUUUAGUUCAACAAAAACCGACCGACGUCUAGAAGAUCCCUUGAAUGAAAAAUGACUGGAUCUUCCACCGAGGUAAAACACCUGGUUCAUUCCGACGAUGAAUCCCAAUUAAUAUCCAAGCUUUUGGUCCCUAGGAGAAGAAAAAAGAGUUCUCCCAUAAAACUCAAGCCUCAAGUAGUUGUGCAGCCGGAGAGCCCCAAUGGUUCGUGCUACCGAAUAUGCCCCACAUUGCAGAGUUAUUAACACAGCACAGCACUCCAAAGUCGACGCAAACAAAUGAAGACAGAAAUCUUCGAUGGAAUAAAUGACCUCAUUCUAAAAGGCAAAGGAAUUUUCGACGCAAUCGAGGAGAAAAUUGAUUCAACAGAUGAGGCACUCGAGUCUUCCGCAACAAGCGUAGCGAAAAAGGUCGACAGUUUGCAAAAUGAUGUCAAGGCUCGAGAUAAGAACAUUGACAAGCUAAAGAAGGAAAAUUCCGAGUUGAGAGAGUCGCUUCAGAAAUGCAAUGGCGAGAUAAAACAGAUGAAGACAAAGGUACAAGAUUUGGAAUCAGGAAUGGCAGAAAAAAUGGCGAAGAUUAAGAAUCUGGAAGAUUGGAGAAUUAAGGCGCGCAAGUUGUUGACUGGCGAAGUUUCUGAGCUGUUGAACCAUUCUUUAAUGAGUUAGGUUAGAGUUGGAUAUGAAGAUGGAACUUGGGCUGUUUGUG